AUGGCGUUUGAUUCAGCAGGAGCAGCGAGUCUCGAGCAGUUUACGCUACUAGCAAAGAACGCACGUGGACGAGCGUGUAUGGCGUUAAUCCAACAGGUUCUAAGCAAUAAGAAGAUUUUUGUAUUCCGUGAACUACUGGAUAUGUCGAAUGUUGAGGCGUUGCGGGACUCGGAGUAUAAAGCCCACUAUGAACUGCUGCGUAUUUUCUGUUUUGGCACGUAUAACGACUAUAUGACUCGCAAGCACGAGAUGCCGGAAGUUACACCGCAGCAGGUGAAUAAACUCAGGAAACUCACAGCGGUGUCACUUGCUCAUCGAUUCAAGAACAUUCCGUACGAUACAUUAAUGCAAGAUCUGGGUGUAUUGACGGUUCGCGAAGUAGAAGAUAUUCUCAUCGAUGCUAUCUAUUCUGGACUUAUUCAAGGCAAGUUGAACCAGAAAUUGCGAUGCUUUGUUGUCAAAUAUGCCGUUGGACGCGAUACGCGCCACGAGGACGUCGAUGAUAUGAUUCAAAAGCUUGUCAACUGGAAAAUGCAGUCUACUGAAAUUUGCGAGAAGAUUAAUGCAAUUCACAGUCUAGCAGAGAAGCAGGAAGAAGAGGAGCGAGAGCGAGAUGAGAGCAUACGAAGCAAGAUGGCAGCUCGUGCAGGUGAACGUGGUAAAGGUUUUGCUUUUGGUGGUGGAAAUUUCCGUCAAGGUGAAGACUUUAGUCUUUACGGAGAUUCUGGCACACGAAGAGGAGCACCAUCCAAGCAGCGACUUCACUCCAUGACUCGUAAAAGCCGGACGUAA